AUGUCUGUUAUCUUUCCCGCUCAGAAUACGCUGUGCGAGGUCUUUGGGUCUUCAUCACCAUUUGCAAAACCUAGGCUUAAGACUCAUUCCCUCGUCCGAGAUCAUCCAUUAAAGAGCCCAAUCUUUUCCGCCUGGAGUGCAAUCGAUAAUGUCAAGGACAAAGCGGGAGGAUUGACCAAUGAGGCUGCCAGAGAAUUUGAGAAAGCCAGCAGCAUAGCCCAACAAAAGGCUGGUGCUAUUGAGUUAUACUCGCCUAAAUAUUAUGCUGCUUGCACGGUUGGUGGUAUUCUCGCCUGUGGCACAACACAUACAGCUGUUACUCCGCUCGACCUCGUCAAGUGCAGACGUCAAGUCGAUCCGAAUCUCUACAAGGGUAAUUUCGAAGCCUGGGGAAAGAUCGGCCGGGCUGAGGGUAUGCGAGGAAUCUUCACUGGCUGGGGUCCCACAUUCGCCGGUUACUCCGUUCAAGGUGGUUUCAAGUAUGGGGGAUAUGAAUACUUCAAGCACUUCUAUUCCCAGCUUGUGGGAGAAGAGAACGCCGAAAAAUACAAGACCAGUCUCUACCUGACUGCCUCUGCUUCCGCCGAGUUUUUCGCCGAUAUUGGUCUCUGCCCCUUCGAGGCUGUCAAGGUCCGUAUGCAGACAACGAUUCCACCUACUUUCACCGGUACCUUCCAAGGGAUCAACUCCAUCACUGCAAAGGAAGGCACAGCAGGUCUCUUCAAAGGUCUCUACCCUCUUUGGGGCCGACAAAUUCCAUACACCAUGAUGAAGUUCGCCUCAUUCGAAACCAUCGUUGCAGCAAUUUACGACUAUCUGCCCGGCCAGAAAUCUGAUUACGGCAAGGGCUCUCAGACAGCUGUCGCUUUCGCUGGUGGUUACCUUGCCGGUAUCCUUUGCGCCAUUGUUUCUCACCCAGCCGACGUCAUGGUCAGCAAACUGAAUGCCGACCGAGCCCCUGGCGAGUCUUUCGGUGGAGCUAUGAGCCGCAUCUAUAGCAAAAUUGGCUUCGGCGGGCUCUGGAACGGACUUCCGGUUCGAAUUGUACCUUCAAGUAGCAAGAUGGCAAACGUUUCUCAUGGCCGCGGAGGUGCGGGCAACAUCGAGCCUGAUUCACAAGUGUAUGAGACCAUUCUAUACACGGAUGGUGGAAUCGUUCGCGAAGGACGUGAAGGCGAUCAGAGGGACGGGCCAUUCUCCACCGGCCGAGGUGGUGCAGGCAAUGUCGGUUCACCUCACACGAAGGCUUCCAACAAACCACAUGACGAGGAGGUAAUUCCUGAAGUUGCACUGCGUGAUGAACACAUCAAAGAUUAUCAUAUUGGAAGAGGUGGUGCAGGUAAUGAGCAUCGUGACCACCCCAAGGAUGAGCACGUGCACGAGAGCCUCGCGGACAAGUUCAAGCACAAGAUGAUGGGGAAGAAGUGA